AAGAGGAAGAAAAAACGCCCAAUCCCACCGUUGCCAUCACCGUCAUUUCUAUCUCCGGCUACGAUCACCGCCACUCCGUUGCCGCCCAUCGCUGAGGCCUCCGCGGGAAAGCUGCCGUCGGAUUUGCUAGUGAAACCUGAUCAGAAAAAAAAUCCGUGGGAAUCACAAAGAAAACUUGUUGGCAAUUGAAUCUGUGUACAGUACAGAUUGACCAAAGCAUCUAAGCCAAUUCGAAAAUCUGCAGUGUAUUAGAUGGACAAUGAUAAUGAAUUCACCUUUUGUCAGGUUGGUUCGUCUGUCAAUCAAGAUGGUUUUGAGGCACAGGAACUUGUGCCGGGAAUUGGUGGGAUCACCAUAAAUGAUGAAUUCUCUAGUGAGGUUGUUGGUAAUGGGAAUGGUGGUUUUCUAUGGAAAGGUAAGUCACCAAAUAAUUCUACCUCGAAGGAGGCAACAGUUGGUUCUUUGUCUUUUAAAGUCAUCGAUACAUCGUCUCCCAAAAAAUCAAAUGAAUUGUCAAGACAAGCAGCAACCAAGGAUGCUGGAAGUUCAGUUAAGGUCCCACAGAAGAGUGCUACAAGGAAGCCUGUAGCUCGGGCCAAGGUUCCUUUUGAGAAGGGUUAUAGUCAAAUGGAUUGGUUAAAGCUUACUCAAACACAUCCUGAUCUUGCAGGAUUAAAUGGACAGUCAAAUAAGAGGCUUAUUUCUAUGAAUGAAGUUAAACAGCAUAGAAUGGAAGGUUCCAUGUGGACUGUUCUGAAAGGCCGUGUAUACAAUUUGUCUCCAUAUAUGAAAUUUCAUCCUGGAGGUGUUGAUAUGCUAAUGAAGGCGGUGGGGAAAGACUGCACAUCUUUAUUUAACAAAUACCACGCUUGGGUGAAUGCUGAAUUUUUACUGGAGAAAUGCCUUGUGGGUACUUUAGACGAUAGCCAGUGACCUGCAGCUAUGUUCCAGUAAUCAAGAAAUGCAUCUCCACCCCAAUUCAUUAUACCUCAUUUUACCAAGAUCGCUCGAGAUUUCCAAUUUUCUAGUAAGCUGUUGUGAACUUCUCGCAAUAAUAUCACACUUUGACAACAAGUUCAAAACUCACUGUGGGGUAAUGCUGUAUUACUCAGAAAUUGUUGUAAUAAUAUCUUAGAACUUUCUGACCAUAUUACAUUGCCUCUAAGCAUUUUAAUUAUUGUAACUGUUCUGAGGCUAAUGCAAUCAUUCAUUUAUCUAUUCUAU